CGAAGGGGAAAAAAGGGAGAGAGAGAGAGAGAGAUCACUCCAUGACAAGGUGUAGGCGGCCAUCGCGCGCGAAGCGAAAACAAUUCGCGCUCAAAGACGCGGCGGCGCUCUCCCGUCUCUUCUCUUGGACCCUCCCUUCCCGUUUUCCCGCCUCGCUCCUCCUGGACUAGGGUUCCAUGGAUCCCGCCACCGCCGUAGUCUCCGCCGACGGGAGCGCAUUCCUGCAGUUCGUCGACUAUGCCAUCUCCAUGCUCUCCUCGUCCGCCGGCGAUGGCGACGGAUACGAGUCUCCGGGGGACGGGCCGGCGCCGGCGCGGCCGCCCUGGGGGUGGGCGGUGGCGCAGCUGCUCAAGUCCUGCUGCGCCUACUCCAGCGGCGUCACCGCCGCCAUCCUUCUCUCCGACCUCUUCCAGUCUUGGACAGAACAGCGAAAAUCCCUGACCUCGAAGAGGAAGGUCGAGCUGGCCAAACUUAUGAACACGAAGAGUAAGAGGAGGAGACUUCCAAAUACUGUUACAAUCGAUUCUAUCCAUGAGAAGAACUUUCUUUCUCCCAAUAGUGUCCUUGAAGCUGUUGUCAUUGACGUGUUUGUCCUUCCUGGUACAAACAUAUACAUGCUUACCUUGGGAGACAUGUGGAGCUCAUCCACAAUCGACCUAUAUUUACACCGAAGGUACUAUGACUGCAUUGGACAAAAUGGUGUAUUGAAGAAGGGUCGAGAAGUUAUGCUCACAGGAUGUUGUCUUCGUACAGCCAUGGAGGGAUCUGGCCAUGCUCGUAUUUUGCCAACAGAAUACAUGGUGAUAUUACUGGAUGAGGACCAAGAUGAAGAUGCCUUGAUACUUGCUGCACAGUUUUGCACCUAUUCAUUCUCUUCUGUGAUUCCAGAGGAAAGUAGAAACAACGUUCCAUACUCGUUUUAUGCCAGGAUUGAAAAGAUUGAGUCGUUGGAUCCAUUUAGAUGUACAGAAAGAAUGCAGGUCAUUCUUGAAGACAAUGAUGAUGCAAAGAUGAAGUUAGUUUUAUGGGGAGAGCAGACUUUACUUGCAAAUCUGUUCAGUGUAGGGAGCAUGCUUGCACUGGACAGACCUUUCAUAGCAAAUUUUAUAGACAAUAAUCAUGAGGAGUCCCAGGAACUGUGCCUUGAAUAUGGCAGUGCAACACAGGUUUACAUGGUGCCAAUUGCUCACCAAGAGGAACAGGUGCCUUUUACACCUACUACUCAAGCAAAGAGCCAAGGACCUCGUCUGUCAUGUGUUCGGACUGAUAAUGUAGCUUCACAAGUAACAUUACCACGUGAUUUGCAUGGUUCAGUUGAUUUCAGCAAAUACCCGUUUCGAGCAUAUGUAAGUGACCUUCAUGAUAAAAUGGUGGGAAUCAGUCUGUUUGGUACUGUAACUAGUGUUUGCAAAGUAAGCACAUCAGGGACUACAUUCUAUUUGGAGUUAGAAGACACAACAGGAGUUGUUCUGAUGAAGCUUAUCUUUAUUGGACCCUGGUCAUUAGGUAGAGUAGGAGUUGGGCAUAUGGUGUACAUCUCUGGUUUGACUUGCGCCUUGAGUUCAACAAAUACCCUUGAAGUCUCAUGGCGUGAAAAGGAGCAAGGGUCCCUAUUUGUUAACUUAAGCUUGCUGCCAGCACUCCUGAACUCAACGUGCCUGCAUAAUUUAUCACCCUUGUCAGAUCUUCCCUGCUCGACAAACAGAACACAUAUAUCCCGUGUUUGGGUAGAUCACAUUGAUUGUGACAGUUUAAAGGUGUCACUGUUCCAUAGCAUUUGCGGCAGCGUUGUGAAUGAACAUUCAGGUGGACUCCAGUGUUCAUUUUGUAAGUGUGCCUGCGAAAGUGCAUGUGUGCAUGGCUUUCAGCUGCACUUGACCAUCGCAGACGACAGUGGAGAGGUCUUCGCUUGGUGUGUUGGGCAAACAGCUGUCGAGUUCCUUCAGAUAUCACCUGAUGAAUAUCUGGAGCUCCCGGAGGACGAACGGGCAAUGUAUCUCUGCACUCUCCAGAAUGAUCAGGACGAGGACGAUGGUAAAAUGAUCAGGACGAUGGUGGCUAUCGCGAAUACCAGGAAGCGAGCCGAUCGAUGUGCUGUGGGUGAUGAAGCUAUCCCAGCUUGGGAGAUCACGAGAGCCCAGAAAUGCGAAUGAGUUGAUUUAGCACUUUGAGAAAAGAAAUGCUGAUGCUGAAACUUAGUGUAAUACAUGUGUUUCAACCUUUGGUUUUCGAAGGUGCGUCAUCAAUUCAUCAUUCAGCAAUGCUGCUUAAGUAAGCUUAAGAACGAUGGUUAAGAUGGGUUCUUCAUUGACAAAUUGUCAAA